AUGGACUCCAACGUUAUUCUCGUUCUAGGUGCCACUGGCCAAUCUGGGCUUGCCUUCAUUGAAGAGACACUGCAGCUAGCCGACCCCCCGAAACUGGUACUAUAUGUCCGCAAUAAGGCCAAAGUUCCAGAAACUGCGAUCCAGAGUGCAGAAGUGUGUGUUGUAUCAGGAGAUCUCGCAGACUAUGAGACUCUCAGCUCCGCUAUGCAACAACACUCAGUCACUACUGUAGUUUCCUUUCUUGGAGCAUACGUGUCAGCAUCAGCGGUGAUCACAAGAGCGAAACCAACGCCGAUCGCCGACAGUUUCCCAGUCAUAAUUGACGCCAUGAAGAAAUCGGGGGUGCGUCAUCUCAUGGCUCUUUCCACGCCAUCUUAUUGGGUGGAGGGUCAGGAUGUUUCCACCUGGAGGCUGACAAUGUAUGGGUUGAUGCCGGUCAUCUUUGCUCCCCAAGGCAACGCGGAGAUGGUGAAAAUUGCUCAAGAGGUGGUCUCUAAAGGGGAUAGCUUAGAUUGGACCAUCUUUCGCAUCCCUCACCUCACGAACGAAGCUCCAGAUCUACCGGUCUGGGCGGACUAUGCAGGACCGUCUCACAAGGGGUCACUUAGUCUAUCCAGGGGGAGCUUAGCCCGCUGGGUUUUGACAGAAAUCAAGGGGAGGAAAUGGACAAAAGGCGCACCAUUACUUGGGAACAUUUAA